AGAACGGAAAACAAGGAAACAUGAGCGCUAAAAUUUAUUUCGGUGAAAUUAAAAACAGUUCGGCAACCUGCACUAUUUGCAGCAAAAUUGUGAAAACGAGCGGCAACACGUCCAACUUGCUCUCGCACCUGAAAAAUAGGCAUCGAGACGCCUAUUUAAAGUGUGUAAAGAAAACUACAAAAUUAGACAAACCUACAAAAAUUGAGCACAUGUCCAAUGAGAACGCGUUUAAGAGUUCGUCUACUUCUAAAGAAAAAAAUGAUGACAUUACGGAAGCGUGUGUGUUCAUGAUCUGCAAGAACAAUUUGCCAGUCCGAAGCGUGGAGAAAGAAGGUCUUACAAAAUUGCUUAAUACAUGUGUCCCAAAAUAUAAAAUUCCAAGCCGAUUCAAGGUAACAGACCUAUUCGAGGCAAAGUAUGAAAGCUGUGUAGCAAAGAUGAAGAACCUUUUUAGAAACGUAAAGGACUUUGCGUUCACCUGUGACGGUGUAACAAUAACAAAUUCUACUCGAUCCUAUCACACCGUGACUGCCCAUUUCAUCAACAAUAACAGCCUACAGUCAGUUUGCUUACAAGCAGUUAGAAUGACACAGGACUCACGAUUACUUACCAAUGAAAACCUAUCUGAUGUUGGAGAAAUGGAUUACAAUAAGAUGGGAUUCAUUGAGGCGCACAACAGAUCGGUUGCAACGCGGCCAAUUGUGGAAGUGCAUGAAAAUCAAGAACUAAAAUUAUUUUUAGGCCUUCCAUUCACGUCGUGGGAGAGCGAUCCCCCUGGAUCGCACAAUCCGAAACAUUGCCAGGGCUUUCCAAAUUAGCACUGGGGUAUCUAUUAACGCCAGGUAGUUCUGUGCCGUCGGAGAGGCUGGCCUCCGCCAUCAAAUGCGUUGUGUGUGACACGAGAAGUCGUAUGACAGACCUUCACGUAACUCAAAGAGUAUUCCUAAAAUCUUUAAAAAAUUAAUUUUGGUGUUAUAUUGAAAUGAGAAUGAUUUUUAUAAUAACUUCGGCAUAAGAAUACUAGGCAUAAGAAAUAUUUAGAUGUAAAAUGUAAAAUGAAGCACUUAAUUGAAUAAUGUUAUGAUUUUUAUAGUUUUGUUUAAGGGGGACAUCUGAGUAAGAGGCCAAAA